GGUAUUCGAUGGAUGACGUUUUCUUUUUAAUGUCGUUGAACCAUCGCAUUGGCACGCACACGUGCGGAGUAUCGAUGACGAGCACCGUUUGAUUUUGCGCAGUGUUUUAAGUGGCUAAAGUGAUCGCUCGAUUCUCGUGCACGCACAAUGGUUUUAAUUGCACAGAGUGACGAGAGAUCGUCGUGCGAGCGACCGACUUCGAAAUGCGCGCAAUAUGUGGGCGUGCUUGUGGCGACACUCGCCGCGUUCUCGAUUGGCACACAUUUGUCAUGGACGUCGUCCGCCUUGCCACUUUAUAACACGAACGAUACGCUGUCUGUCAGCGAUCAGGAAGGUUCCUGGAUUUCUUCUUUGGUCCCUCUCGGUGCAAUUCCAACCGCUAUUCCAACGGGAAUGUUUGCGGAUAGGAUUGGUAGGAAGAAGACGAUUUGGAUGACGACCGUGCCUUUAUUUCUUUGUUGGUAUAUUAUCGGAUUUGCGCAGAGUAAGAUAUGGAUUUUCCUGGCUCGGUUUGUUGCGGGGGCAGCAUGCGGUGCAGCAUCUGUCGUUGUUCCCAUGUUCGUUUCUGAGAUUGCCGAGCAGAGCAUUAGAGGCUUCUCUAGCAUCAUUUUUCAAUUGCAGAUUACUGCCGGAAUUCUCUUCGCAUAUUCUACUGCUUUUACCGAUAGCUUGCAUGUCAUCGCGAUACUUUGUUCCGUGGCGCCCGCUUUGCUUUUGAUUUUCUUCCCAUUCGUACCGGAAUCACCAGCAUGGCUGGUUAUGCAGGGUCAGAAGAACGAGGCAAAUAUUGUGCUAAAACACUUGAGGGGAAUUCGUUAUAGCACUGAAGCGGAAUUGACCAGGCUCGAGUUUCAGGCCUCAGAAAUGCGAGAAAUCAAACCCAAUAUUUCGGAUUUGAAAAAUUAUCAAAAAGCGACCUACAUUAUACUCGGUCUAAUGUUUUUCCAACAACUCUCCGGUGUUAAUAUUCUGAUAUUCUACGCAAAAAAGAUUUUCGACGAUGCAGGCUCAAUUCUGAACUCAUCUACGUCAUCAGUAAUAAUAGGCGUCGUACAAGUGAUUGGUACCUAUUUUUCAACCGUUUUGAUUGAGCGCGUCGGCAGAAAGCUAUUAUUAUUCAUCAGUGCGUCAGUGAUGGCAGUUUGUAUGUUCACAAUGUCAGGAUAUUUUCGUUUCCAGAGCUCUCACGAUCUUUCGAGCUUCUCCUGGAUCCCUCUGCUCUCGUUCGCAGUAUUCAUCGUAAUUUUCAGUAUCGGCUUUGCUCCCGUACCAUGGUUGAUGGUCGGUGAGUUGUUCACAAACAACGUGAAGAGCGUGGCAAACAUUGCCGUGAUGUGUAACUGGACGUUGGCCUUUCUCGUGACAAAGUGCUUUCAGGACAUGGUGAAUCUCAUGGGAAUCUCCUCGUCAUUCGCUGCAUUCGGCAUGAUAAGUUUAAUCGGAACCAUAUUUGUCUCUGUGAUGGUGCCAGAAACGAAGGGCAGAAGCUUCGAGGAGAUUCAGAUCGAGUUGUACGGGACGCAAAUUAGGAUCCCGACGGAAGACCCAGAGCAGCGAGGGAAACAUAACAAAACUUAAUAAAAUAAUCACUGAAUCGAAAUGCUCAAUUGUAGAAGUAUGACGUAAUUUUAAAAUCUAGAAAGGAAUAUUCACGGAGAGAGGGAGGAGGGAGGGGAGGGAUAGAUUGUGUUCCCGAUAAUCAUACGUAAUUACAGAAAAUACUCUUAAUUGAGGGUAAACUUUAGCGAUAUAUAUAAACAAUUAUUUUUUAGAUAAUUGGAUAUAUCUAAAAAAAUUAUACGAUGUUAUAAAACAGAGAAUUCUGGUAUUCUUUCUUUUUUUUUAAUUUUUAGUAGUAUUGAUUUAAUACAUACCGUAAAACGAGUCGUGCUGUGCCGCUUGAAUUUCCGAGCGUAUGUAAUACAAAUUGUGGAAGACCACGGAUUUGUUUAUACUCAUAUUUAUUUCCAUCCGUGAUACUUUUUUACUUAUUUAUACGAUAUCACAUAAUACAUGAAUCACGCAAUUUUUUUCUUUAAACUGAUCGGUCGUCUCGCCGUCUCUGUUGAAUUACAGUUGCGCAAAGCUAUGACAGCGAUCAGAAGGGAGAAUAAAUCCGGAAGGUUCCGUGAGGACGAGACGUCGAAUUUUUCUUAAGACGUGGCGUCGGCCAGCACAAUAUCGCGACAUUGCUCCAUUGUACAAAGUAAUACAUGUGCAUUUUGCAUGCGCGGCGAUGACGACGUGGUGCAAAUGUUUGCCGUACAAUUGAUACACGCGGGAUAAAAAGAAACAUAUAGAUCAAUGGCAGCAAAGAGUUGCGAUCUUAUUUCAGAUGCAUUUCGGAGAAUCGCUGGAAUGAAUAAAAGAAGAAAGAUGGAGAGAAUGGAGGGGAAGGGGAGAGGGAAGGAGAAACGUCGAUUUAUGCGAACGUGCACGUGAAUAUCGGUUCAUAUAGAAGA